GCCGACUGAUAACUCGCGUGCCUGGAUCCGUAAAUAAACUCGUCGCUUCUUUUUCCGUGGUAUCUCUCGCGGCUCGGUGCCGGCCGGAAAGAUCCGCGGGCGUGGUCGCGACGCUCGCAGGUGCGCGUCCACUCGGCUGGUGGGUCGCUCGCUCGACCGAGUGUCGUCGUUUGCACCGUCGGCUCGCGCGCGCGGCGUGCGUCGUCGACCCGUUGGCACGUACCGUCGAUGGUACUGACGGCGGCGGAUGUACGGUGAGCGUCAACCCGCGUCAGCCGACUUCGCCAUCAGGCUGCCGCCAAGCGGGGAGGAGGUCUGUCUCGCGUGCCAGCACACAUCAAUGGUUCAGCUGGGAUGCCGACCAUGGAAUCUCAGUCUGACGAGCGUGAUCAUCCUGGCGCUGUCGAACAUGCUGCUGACGUUCCUGCUGCUGCAGUCGGAGACCUGCGUGCCGGACCCGAUACCGCGGGAGAUGGAGAUGAGCGCCGUAACCGAGUGGAAUCUCGGCACCCUCGUCAAGGAGCAACAGCCGGAGUGCAUCACGCAGGAUUACCAACCGACGUCACCUGACGCGAGCGGUCUCAAGCUGGACAUUAAGCUUGGCAGAUGGGACGCGCGACGGAUAUUUCGGACCUUCGACUCGGUGCUGGUCGGCAACAGAUUCGUCGAGCUGUCGCAGACCUACCGGGUCUGCCUGGCGACUCAGAGUUCGGUGGAGAAGCUGCAUUCGCUGGUGCAGGUCGCCCUACACUGGACCGGGCCGAUGUCGGUGGCGCUGUACGCCGCCGGUGACGAGGAGUUUGAGGUGCUUCAGCGGUACUUAGUGUAUCUGAGGCGAUGCUACGAGGCCAUCCGCGAGAGAGUGGUCUUCUCUUUAGCCGUGCCGAAAACGAAACCGCCCAAGCAACAGCCGCGCGUAUUUGAACUGCCGGAGAUCGUCGAUUGUGCCAAGCCGGAGGCCACUUUGAACGAAUUCGCGGGCCGCAUAUCCAGCGAGCAAACCAAUUGGAGGAUACGGAACGUUUAUCCGCAAAAUCACAUGCGGAAUUUGGCACGCAAGAAUUGCCAGACGGAGUACGUUUUCUUGACGGAUGUCGACAUCGUGCCGAGCUUCAAUCUCACGGUCGCGCUCGACGACUUCCUCAGGAGCGACAACUGUGAUAAGUGCGCCUACGUUAUACCCACAUACGAGUUGGACGCGCGAGUGCGAUUCCCCCAGAACAAGACCGAGCUAGUCAGGCUGGCCAGGAAGGGCUUGGCCAGGCCCUUCCACCAAAAAGUCUUCAUACAUAAUCAGUUCGCUACGAAUUUCACGAGAUGGCUGCAGGACGCGUUACCGAGCCAUAAAUAUCACGAAAAUGUGAAGACCGGCAAGGUCUACGUUAGUCACGACGUGACGAAUUUCGAAUUCCUUUACGAGCCGUUUUACGUGGCGAAGGAUAUCGUGCCGUCGCACGAUGAGAGGUUUAUGGGAUACGGAUAUACGAGGAACACCCAGGUUUACGAGAUGUACGUGACGGGUUAUCAGUUCAAGGUGCUGUCGCCCGUGUUUACGGUUCACUGGGGACUACAGACCAGGAAAAGCAGGCCCGCGUGGCGCGAGCGUCAGAACAGUGCCAACAGGAAACAAUUUGAGACGUUCAAGAAGGAGGUGUUCGCUCGCUACAUGCGGGACCCGCUGAAGAUGAUGAAGAACUCCGUCAACUGACGAAAGCCUCAUCGGGGGUCUCGCUGACACUGAGACUCCUCUGUCGUGCUUUAUGUUCGUCCUUAGGCUCAACAUCGAAAAUCCAGAGUAGAAUUAGGCCUCUGGCUAUGGCUACCAUCAGUGGCUGUCACCACGUAACGUAGUUGAUAGAUUUAGAAUGUAUUUCUCGUGAUCGCGAAACACAUCAACGAACAACUCGUCGUACAACGUAUGUUCUUGAGUUACCAUUUUAUAGCGAUACGAAUGUAAUGUACGGAAUUUUAUUUUUAGAUAGAUUUUCACAUUUCCUUCUUCAAUUUCCUUCGACUCUCUUCAGCACAAUUUGCAAAAUCGUUUGACAUUUUUUUCAAUCGUCAUUUGCCAAUUGUAUCAAAAAACAUCCCCGGAAAUUCUACAUAGUAAUACGUUUAUACGCAGCACGAGAGGGAAUCUGACGAAAAGAAUGGUCGCGAAAGAUUUUAUCCUCUGAGCAGAAACAACAGCGGAGCGCCGUUCAUGUCAGUGACGGAAUGUCCCGGUAUGCUCCGGAGAGUAGAUGCCAGAUCGAGCAACUGUGAUCGACAGAUUUUCGCUACUUAUCGAGCCUUUUGGUUCAUCGAUUCCGUCGAGCGGAACCUACCGCGGGGCGCUUGUUACUUCCACUCACGAUUCCCCAAAGUCAUCAGAGACCGCCAUGCGGGAUCACGGAAUAAAUAUCUCCUUGUGAGUUUCGCGGCACGUAUUCGUCAACGAGCGGGGAAACGAGGGCGGGAGGGGGAUCUUAAGUGAGUGUACCUCGUUAGCUGUCUGGGACUUAAGAGGGUGGCGUUUAAAUCGAUACUGCGUUUGACACUAACAUACAGUGGAUCAGUAGACAUGAAAGUGGCCAAAAGUUGAUUCCGGAGAUAAGAUCGGACAAAUGUCUUGUGAUCUUUAUAAGUUAAACCAAUUAUUUUUAAAGUUUCAUUGAAUUCGAUACUUUCCAUUUGACAACAAUGAAAAACAUAUAUGGAUGCAGCGAUUCCAUUUUUCAAAUAUUUUAUUAGUAUUAUUGUAUUUCAGCAAAAAUGCAAAAUUUGUUGCUUUUCAUCCAUCAUUUUACUUGAAUAAAUCAUUGUAAUAGUGCACAAAGUACAAAAAUAAAGAAAAGAGGAAAUGGCGGACUGUUAUACUCAUACAUUAUAGAAUUUUAAUGUUUUAACCAUAUUUCGGAAAUACUAUUUCCUUAUAUUCCACUACUUAUGAAAAAUAUAUUAUUUGCAAAUGUAACGAUAUCUACUAUAUUUUUAGUAGUUACAAUGAUCUGGUAAAAAAAGUCCUAGAUGCAAUUAAUCAAUAUUUAUAAACGGCAACAAGAUGCAAUAAUAAAUACUUUGGAAGUGUUAUUUUUUCGUAAAAAGAUUAAGGUUAUUUUUACUUUCUUAAGAGGUUAACUUUCCGUUUGCAAUCAUAUUUUUACUACCCCGUCGAGAAUCUUUUACAUUUAUCUCAAUAUUUCUCGUGCUUUUAAAAAAUCAGAGCUUUUAAGAAAUCAGAGUUAUUUUUCAACAUCUCCACUUUUUAACUCAAAUGUUAAAAUUUUUAUUUAAUAACAACUGAAAUUUGAGUAAAAAUAACGAAAAAUAAAAAUUAAAAAUAUAAAUUAAAAAUUAAAAAUUAAAAAGCUCUGAUUAAAUAAAAAUUUCUUUAAAAAUAUAUAACAGCAGUAAAUGAAUAUUAAAACAAGUUGCAGAAUUUUAUCAUAGAUUAUGAUCUUCAGAUAAAAGAGUUGCAAUAAAUAUGGAAAUAGAUACAAUAUUUAUGGAAAAUAAUAUCAUGUAUUGUCUGAGUAAAUUUUAUAAUGCUUUAUCGAAUUAUGACCGGAAUUAUGAUGUAUAUUAUAGUUCAGUUAUAUAGUUCAUAUAGUUCAAUUAUAGAAAACAAAUAUACAAUGCAUAGAUUAUAUUUUGCACAUUUCGAAGCAUUAGUAAGACUCACCAGAACACAUAUAUGACAGUCAAUCAAUUUACUGCUUUAUAGCAACAGGGAAAAUUUUAUCAAUUAUUUGGUCUUAACCUUCUACCUGAACUUGUUGCACUACUUCAAAAAAUAUACAUACUAAAUCAGGCAUGUAAGGCGAACGUACAAGAUUUUCAAGCUUCAGUGUGCGUACAUUUAUUGAACUAGUGUUACCAGUUCCGUUGAAAAGAACAGAUCAAUUGUGCCCUUUUUCCAGAGUUGUACGCUCAUUGGAUAUCAAGGCCCGUCUACAUAAGACGUAGAACACAGAACACACUCGCACGCGAGGCGCGACAUGCAAUGAACGUACUACUAUUCUGGUAAAGAUAUAACUUGAAUUGUAUAAAUUAAUAUACCUACUUGAUAUAUCAAAUAUAUAUUCUACUAGAACAUAUAUAAAAUUUACUAUUAACGUAUUCUAUAUAUUCCUUGAAUAUACUUGUGGUAUACUAUGGGAUAUUCUCAAUAUAUACUGAAAAAACAAACAGCUUUUAAAUAUAUUUUAUACAUUCUUAGUAGAUCAUAGUACGAAUCUGGAACAUUUAGGGGAUAUAUACAAUCUACUUUUAUAAUAUUCUCCGAACAUUCUCAGAAUAUAUCUAUGCCAUUAGGGUAGUUUAAUAAUUAAAUACCUAGUUUUGUAAGAGGCGAAAAGAUUCACUAUAAACAAAUUCUGAACAACAAAGUUACUGAAAAUAAUGUGGAGAUAUGAUCUAAAGUCGUAUUGCAACUUUCUCGUGGUAGACCUUAGGAACUUCAGUUUUUAUAAAAAUCAUUUACAAAUAAUUAUAAUUCUAAUAAAAUACUUUAAUAGAGUUGAAUUUUUUAAAUAACUUGUAGAGAUGAAAAUAAUUUUUAAUUGCAAAUUUCUGAUUUGUAAAAUCAGCGAUUUGAAGAACUCAUUGAUUUUCAUCCAAACUCAAUAAUUUCAUGCAUUUUUUCGUACACUAUGAUUGAUUCCGCCAUUUUGAAUUUUAUGUUUGAGAAUUUUUUAAAUGGGAUACAGAAAUUGCGAACUAAAAAGUUAUAAAUCAAUUAUGGCGCAUAUUGGACUAUUUUUUGUAACUUUAUAUUGAACUUUAUAUUGACGCCAUAUUGAAUCCGCCAUUUUGAAUUUCGAAGUUUUAACGUCAAAAAUGGAAUCAGUGAGACCAGAAACUAUAUAUAAAUAUAACGUUAUUAAAUAUUUUCAUAUGUUUAAUGAGAUAUUGAAUUUUGGCCACUUUUAUCGGUUUUCUAUUCCACUGUACGUCAUAGCGACCAAAACGUAAGAUAAUAAAUGGAAAGGUAUAAGGUAGGAUGAAUUCGGAUCUGAUUAAAAAAAAACUUUUCUUUCCGUUGCUGAUAGUUGUUUUUAGAGAAAUUUGUUCAAAAUAUUAUUAAUAAUAUCCUCUAUAAGAAUUUAAAAGAGGCAAUUUAAUCAGUCUUUUGAAAAAUAGGAGACAAAUUUAAUCGUACCCCUAAAUUUAAUCCAUUAGGGGAUCAAAUUUGGAUCAGCGGCGGAAUACUUUGGUCUUCAGAUAUUUGAUAGGUAAGAAUCUAUACAAAAAAUGUGUAGUUGGAUAUCUACUGCAUUAUUUACAAAACAGAAAUAUAUCAACUCGCAUUUGGACACGGGUUUAAAUGUGGAUCAAAGUUUCAAAUCUUUUUAAAUUGGUAAGAUUUUAUUUGAAAUUUAAAAUAAGGAUCUAAUUGAUAAUACAAAGUGAGUCGCUGAAAUUAUUAGACACAAAAAUAUAAGAUGGGAUAUAAGACGUCUUUAAAAUGUCUUUAAAUUGUCUUUAAGACGUCGGGACACAAAACAUCUUUAAGCCGCUUAUGUAUAUCUUGAUUUUGGACAUUGCGUUGUCUGGGCUUUUAAAAUAUAAUAAUUCUUUAAUAAACCGUUUGAGUUAUAUUAAAAAAAGAUAUAACAAGGAACAUCCGCAAAGUCUUCGAUUUCGAUGAAAUUUGGCAUAUUUGUAAAGUAGUGAAAAAUAAUAAAUCUGUAUUUUUUAUAUCCACAAAGGCUUAAGUUUAAGAAGUGAAACCAUCCCUCAAAGUUUCAUCUCUUUUUUGCUUGGUAACUAUUAGAGAUACAAAAAAACUUUUUAAAUAAAAAUAAAAAAUUGUAAUCUAAUUAUCUUCAUUUAUCUGCACAUAACGGGUUUGACCAAUAAUCAUAUGAAAUUUUAAUGUAUUAGUGAAAGUGGAUAGGUUUAUUAAUGCGCGUGAUAUGCAGUGAGAUUAGCUCUCACUACAUAAAUAAAAUCUAAUUAAUCUAAAAUGUCUUCGACUUGUUGUGACUUAUAGACUUACCGCGUAAACGAUAUCAGUCAAUAUUUGCUAACAAUUUUUAAUAUCUUUCUAAUGAUUGUAUUUAAUAUUAUUAACUUUUCAACUCUUUUUCCGUUUAUUUUUUCAAUUAAUUUUUAUCAAUUAAUUUUUAUUAAUUAUUAUAAUAUUACUUUAUUAUUAAUAUUAUGUUGUUGCAUUUGUGCGGUAACAAUGUAGAUAUAUAAUGGUAUAAAUACUUUAAAA